AUGGACGCCUCGCGGGCCCGGGAGCAGCUCCGGCGGCGGUACCUGUUCUCGCCCGACGCCGAGGCCCCGCCGGACGGCAGAGGCUGCGCCGGGCCGGGAGCCUCUGCAGCUGUUGAGAAAAAGCAAAAACCUCUUCCAAGACUUAAUGUCCAUUCUGGAUUCUGGAUAUUGGCAUCCAUUGUGGUGACCUAUUAUGUUGAUUUCUUUAAAACUAUUAAAGAAAACUUUCACACUAGUAGUUGGUUUCUCUUUGGCGGCGCCUUGCUGCUUGUCAGCCUGUCCAUUGCGUUCUACUGCAUUCUCUAUCUGGAGUGGUACCGUGGGAUUGAGGAUUACGAUGCGAGGUAUCCAGCCCUGAUACCCGUCACAACUGCUGCCUUUAUCGCAGCAGGAAUUUGCUUCAACGUUGCUCUGUGGCCCGUGUGGUCGUUUUUCACUCCGCUGCUGCUCUUUACCCAGUUCAUGGGCCUCGUGAUGUUCGUCUCACUCCUGGGGUGA